UAUUUUUAUUUAAUUUUUCACUUUCAUUUCUUCUCUCCAUACUCUUACAUUUCUUCCUUUCUUCACAGCAAAUUCUGAUGAAACUCAUAGUCUUCUCUUUUAUCUGUCCCAUCCCACUGUCUCUCAUCAGGUUCUCAGUUAUUUCCUCAGCCCUCUAAAUAGUUUCUCGCUUUUUUCUUCCUUGCCCUCAAAGUAUUCUCUCUCUCUCUGUCUUUUUUAGGAAAGAGAGUGCUUGUCAAUCAUAUAUAAGCCAUGGAAAUUGACCUGUUAAAGUCUGCAACAGAGGAUCAGACGGAGAUGAUGAUGAUGAUUGACAAGUUUCCUGAGUUCUACGGUGCCUGUAACGAUGUUGCUGAUCAUUUAUCCCCAACUGAUCAGUUUCUUGCUGCCAGUGUAAGUGAUAGCUCCGUCCCGCAUUUCAAUACUGAUAACCCACACAUUGCUAACUUACCUCCAUUUAUGAACCUACCAUCCACUCUAUCUUUUAAUAGCAAUAAUACCCCAAUUCAAGACCAAUCCCAGCGAGCUUUCUUUUCCAAUCCAUCUACUUCAAGAUGGAGAGGUCUUGGUGAAUUACCAGGCACUGCAAAUGAUUAUGCUACACCAUCACGAAAGAAGAAUUCAAUGGCGGCAAUGAGGGAGAUGAUAUUUCGAAUUGCAGCCAUGCAGCCAAUUCACAUAGACCCUGAGUCAGUGAAGCCACCAAAACGUAGGAACGUGAAGAUAUCAAAAGAUCCACAAAGUGUUGCUGCACGCCAUAGAAGAGAAAGGAUAAGUGAGAGAAUAAGGAUACUUCAAAGACUAGUCCCUGGAGGGACUAAAAUGGACACUGCCUCUAUGUUAGAUGAGGCAAUUCAUUAUGUUAAGUUCUUGAAGACCCAAGUGCAGUCACUUGAGAGAGCUCAAGCCAAUAGGCCAACAGCAACAACUGGGAUUGAAUUUCCUGUGGCAAUGACUAGUGGAAGUUAUCUUCCAGUGGGGAAAGGAUGUCACCAACAGCCUGCUCAUCAUCAUCAUCAUCAAAAUGUUCAGCAUUAUGGAGAUGCUUAGCUCAUGGGGGCAGUGAGUGAGCUGGAUUUAUAAAUGCAUUUUUCUAGUGAAUAGUGAUGUUAGCUUGUG